GGUGCUGCGCCUCAUGACCCCGUCUCCGCCAUCGCAUCUUUGGAGCGUGACGCUUGUGUGCAGAACCGGCUCGUAGGAGCCAGACAACAACAUAUCAGCCGUACAAGGCUGUUCUCCAUACGCCAACAGCCCAGUCAUAAUCCGAUACUCUCUGUUGGUAUCUUUCGCUGACUCGCUACGCGUCCUCCAACUUCUUUUCGUCCCGAACAAUCGACAUGGCGUACAACAAACGCUACAACCCUGACGCUUUGCCCGCGCACGUCGAGCCUGAGCAGGCCGCUGCUAUUCUCGCCUCUGGAUCGUCCGCCUCGCAACCGCCGCGACCGCGCGUUGAGAAGCCUGUCCCUCCUCUCCCGUCGCAAUCUUUGCGACCAGACGACCGUUAUUCCCACAGCAGACCCUCUUCCGGCGGCUAUGGCAGCAGUGCCAGUAGUCCCCGCUACGACGGCAGACCCGAUCCAAGAUAUGGAAGCAGCGGUGUUGCCCAUAGCCCACGAUAUGACAGCAGGCCAGAUCCGCGGGUUGACCCCCGCUAUAGCGAUCUAGGCUCCCCACCACCACAGAACUACGGAUAUGGGAGACAAGGUCCACCUCCGCCUCAGAAUCAUGGCAGAGCGCCUGUUACAAACAGGCCUCCACCCACACCUGCUCCCCCUAGAGACGCGAAUGAUCGGGAUGCACUGUGGCCGCUCUUCAAGGCUGUUGACAAAGACAACAGCGGCCAACUCACCGAAAUGGAACUCCAGCGCGCUCUGGUGAACGGCGACUGGACGCCGUUUGACUCCCACACCGUCCGGAUGAUGAUACGCAUGUUCGAUACCGAUCACUCGGGAACGAUCAGCUUCGACGAGUUCUGCGGCCUAUGGGGCUUCCUUGCGGCGUGGCGCAACCUCUUUGAUCGAUUCGAUGCGGACCGAAGUGGAAACAUUCAGUACAACGAGUUCAGCGAAGCGCUAACGGCCUUUGGCUACAGGCUCAGCCCUCAGUUCGUACAACUCCUCUUUAGGACGUAUGACAGAAGGGGCGAAAACGCGAUGAGCUUCGAUCUGUUUGUGCAGGCCUGCAUAAGCUUGAAGAGGAUGACGGACGUGUUCAAGAAGUACGACGAUGAUCGGGAUGGAUACAUCACGUUGAGCUUCGAAGAGUUUUUGACAGGUGCACAAUCGUUGUUUCUAAUGAACAGCAUCACUGCCACAACCGACCGGGACUCUGCUUAUUAGAUUCUUAUAGAGAUACUGAGGCAACUCUGAUAUCAUUAAACGGAAGACGGAAAGUCAAAACAAGAUACGUAUCAGUAGCAUGCCUGCUACUACUCGUAAUGUUAUGGAAGGAAUCACAGGCCGCCUUAUCUUCGGGAUACCCUUUUUUCAUAGCAUACACUCUUAACGACAAACAUGUAGAUAUGCCAUUUUGCUGGAUAAAUGAAAAGUUUCGCCAAGGCGUAUUGGAAGCAGAAUCCUAUCAUUAAUCCCCCGGUAUUCAGAUUGUCCUUGCUAGCUACACAUUGGUCGUCCC